UUGCCCCAGCUCCUGGCCUACUGCCUGGCACGUAGUAGGUACUCAGUAAAUAUUGGUUGAAUAAGGGACUGCAGCACAGUGGCAGCGGCCGCUUCCGUGCCCAAGCCUGCCACGCCACCAGCGCCACGACUUGCUUGGCUGGGGGAUGGGGAGGCACACCCUGGGUGUGAGUCCUUUUCUCCUCCUUUUCAACUUGCCAGUGUAACUUUAUGUGAGCACAACUCCAGAAGCUCCCAGGACAAGGCCACCGCCCCGGAAUCAGGGCCUUCCCAGUUCUGCCUUCGGGGAGGGGAACGGGGGUGGCCCGCGAGAAGCCAGUUACGAGCGCCUCCUGAAGUCCCUCCCGCCGCCCCGCGUCGCUCUAAGGCGGAGGCCGGGGAGGGGGCCGCGCCGCCCGCCCGCUCUGCGCUCGGCUCCAGACUUCGGCAUUUCCUCCCCGCUAGCUGGCGCGGACUCGCCUCCCCUCGGAAGAGGAAACUCCUGGGGCCGAGUAACGGGAACAAGAGCGGAGGAGAGCGGACACGAGCGCGGAGGGGGAGCCCGGGAGUGCCGCCCAGGGUAGGAGGCAAGCCGGGCCGGGUCGGAAGCUGGCCGCGGGCGGCGCGCCGGGCGGGGCGGGGAGGGCCGCCGGGCGGGACAGAGCUCGCAGCCCGCGCAGGGCGCGGCCCGGGGCCCGGGAGCGCAGGGCGGGCCGCAGCUGGAAGGAAAACUUGAGCUGGGAGAGGAGGCCGAGCUGGAGGGCGCCUUCCCCGGACCCUGCGAGGGGAAAGCCGCCGCGGAGGCGAAGGAGACCGGGACCGCGGGGCUGCCGGGGCGCUGCCCGCAUGCUGGGCCGGGGGCGCCGCCGGGGCUCGCGCCCUGGGCUGCAGGGCCGCCGCUGUCCCGGGCGCCCGGUAUGUCGGUGCACUACACCCUCAAUCUGCGCGUCUUUUGGCCCCUGGUGACCGGCCUGUGCACUGCCCUUGUGUGCCUCUACCAUGUCCUCCGGGGAAGCGGGGACGACCGGGCUGAGCCCCCCGACGGUGCGGACGGCGGCUUCCCGCUGCUCAAGGUGGCCGUCCUGCUCCUCCUUGGCUACAUCCUCCUGCGCUGUCGCCACGCCGUCCGGCAGCGCUUCCUGCCAGGGUCUCCCCGCCUGGGGAGACACUCCACCUUCUCUCCUAAACACUUCCGAGAGCCGAGCCUUGGCAUUUUGCUGGAGAGUUACUACGAGCACGAGGUGCGCCUCUCUCCGCACGUGCUGGGCCACAGCAAGGCGCACGUGAGCCGGAUCGUGGGCGAGCUGGUGCGGGCUGGCCGCGCCCGGGGGUCCCCGGGCCCCAUCCCCGGCGGGGCGCUGGCGUUGGCCUUCCGCGGAGACUUCAUCCAGGUGGGCAGCGCCUACGAGCAGCAUAAAAUCCGGCGGCCCGACGGCUUCGACGUGCUGGUGCCACUGCGCCUCCCGCCAUUGGUGGCGCUGGAGCCUCGGAGCCUGGGCGCCGAGCCCGCGCUGGCCCCAGCCUUCCACGGCUGUUUCGUGUGCGCGCUUAAGGCGCCGCCGGGGGCCUCCGGGGGCCACUGGCUCCGGGACUGCAAACCCUUUGCCGACGGCUUCUGCGUGGACGUGCUCGGGCGGCGUCACCUCUCCGCCACUAUGGUGCUUCGCUGGUUCCAGUCGCACCUGCAGCGUUCCCUGGCCACCGUGCGCUACAGCCUGGAGGGGCGUUGUCGGGUCAGCCUGACCCCCGGCGGCCUGGAGCAGCCUCCUACCCUGCACAUCCUGCCGUGCCGCACGGAUUACGGCUGCUGCCGCCUUUCCAUGGCAGUGCGUCUCAUCCCCGCUGUGCAUUUGGGCGAUGGCGUUUUCCUCGUGGCACCACCGCCGCCACCCUCACCUGUGGGGCCCCUGUCGGAGCUCCCGGGAGGCCUGCGCACUGAUGCACUGUGGGGUGUGAAUACAGCGCGUCAGGAGCAGAAGCUGCUGAGCUGGCUGCAGGAACGGGCCCCUCCAGGUGCCUGCUACCUCAAGUGCCUGCAGCUGCUUAAAGCUCUGCGAGACCUGGGCGCCCGCGGGCUGGACCCGGCGGCCGCCACCCAGUGGGGACGCAUUCUGUCCUCGUACAUGCUCAAGACAGUGCUGCUGGCGGUGCUGCUGCGUGAGGGGGCUCCGGUUCAAGGCUGGGACGAGGCACACCUGGGUGAGCGGUUGGAAGAAUUAGUGCAGUUCCUUAGAGACUGCCUGCUGCGACGCCAUACGCUCUUCCACUGUGUCCUGGGCCCUGGUGGGGCCGCUGCCGAGGUGGGCCCACUGCCCAAGGUUCUGCGUGAAGCUGCCCCGGUUGACCUCCUGGCCGCGUUCGACAGACAUGCCCGGGAACUCGCGGCUGCGAGGUUGCUGUCCACGUGGCGAAGGCUGCCCCAGCUUCUCCGGGUCUAUGGGGGUCCUCGCUACCUUGCCAGGUGCCCCCCACCCCGGAGUCAGCGCACCCAGGGCUUCCCUGAAGAUGAACCAUAAACCUUGACAGUGCCUCCACCUGGCCAAAAGCUCCUAAAGCCAACACCCCCCACCCCCCACCCCGGGGGUGGGGACGGCAACGAAGCCAGUUUAUCGCAAGGAAAUGAGCUGCCACAGGUGUUGGAAAAUUCGGAAGGUGACAUCUGGUGACUUAUUAUGUCACCCCUGGCUCCAAAGCCAGUAUAGUUAUGGCAUCUUUUUCACACCCACUAGCGUGUCCAGAGCAAGCCACAGAAAGACAUCCAACCCCAGCAGCUAAGAGUUGGUCCAAAUGUUGAUUUGUGUGAAAUGAUUCUGUAGAAGGAUCCAGCUUUUAGGGAAGUCCAGUAAAGGAAGCAAGAAAUAGCUGCAGAGAACGUUUCCGCUGUCGGUUUUUGAGACACAGAUCUCUGGCCCCCAGAUUUAAAGAAGCUAAUGUUUUUUUGAUAUAACUACUUGCUAGGUCCUGGGUUCCUGAUGGUCUUCCUAAAAAUCGGAAUCUUUACAACUGGAAUUGAAGUUCUAUUCUAGGGGCUAAUGUUCUGAGGAACACAGGUUCCACCGUUCAAAUUAAUAUUCAUGUAUUUUUUAAAUGGUGCAAUCACGGGUGUCUGACAGGAUUGCAAAGAAUGAAGUCACAUAUUUGAGAGAGAGGUCGUCUAGAGUUGGUUAGAGAAACUCCCAGAGUAAACAGCACUGUAUUUUGAUCAGACCUUUCAUUUUGUGCUAAUGGCCAGUGCCAAGUUGUUGCAUCUGAAAGGGAGACCAGUUCCAUUUGUCAUUAAGAAAUGUGCAGUCUUAAAAAGCAGGCUUGCUUAACAUCCCUGCAGGCAUACAAUGGGGUGAGUACCAGUCAACACCCAUUCAUGGAGAGCCUACUGCGAGCCAGGCACAGUGCAGAGUAGCAAAGAAUCCAUGUUUAGCACGACGCUGGUGAGGACGUAGAAACGUGUUGGGUUUUGAGGAAGAUAUAGUUCGAUCUUCGUCUAUGAAGAUGACUCACCAUAGCUUGCUGCUGGCUAGAGACAGAAACAUGUUGGUUGGUUUGUUUGUUUUCAGCCUUUUUAACACACUCCUCUGCCCGGUGAUUUCUUUCCGAGUGUCAUGAGAUGACGAAGAGGCAAUGCGGGCUGUAGUGCCUAGGAUGUGGUCAGCUCUCUCAGUCAGUGCUUGGCGAUGGUUAAAAGUUCCUCUCCCAUCGCCCCCCCCCCCCCCCCCCCGCCGCCCCCCGCAGCCUUUAAGUAAGUGGUCCUAAGGCCAACUUGAGGAGUAGUUGAUUCAGCCCAGGUCUUGCAGGGCCUUUCGCAAAGAAUUCAGUAUCCUGGGUUCUGGGCUCCCUGACUGAUCAGCCGAGGAGAGGAAGUGAGGGGGAGGUGAGGGGAGUCCUUGUCAGGAGUCUGCUGUUGUUUCUCUUUGGACAUAAAUGUCCCCAACUUGGCUGAGGUGUCAAUAAGUCCACCAUCCGCUUGCUUGCCGAAUAGAAAAUGUAACCAGUCCCACCCAGUGCUAGACUUGGGGACUUUUAUUUAUUAUUAUUUUUUUUGACAAAGACAUGUACUUCCUUAGAUUCUUAAAGGUAAAACUUGGAAGACAGAAGGAGCCAUCUAAAUGGGGCCGUUGUUCAACUUCUGAGUUGUUUUGAGGGAAUUCUUUAAACUUGCUUGAGGGGACCUACUUGGCCACUGCAGGAAGUCAUUGUGAAUAAAUGGUUGGCAGGGUAUCCUCGUGGGAGCUGAGGAGACAACUUCUGUCCUUUGUCACUUUGGACUGUAAGAGAAAUAGUUGCGAAUGUUGCGCCUUCUCUUUGAGGUUGUUCUGGGGACAGUUCCUCUUGAUGACACAAAGGUCAUUCCCAGCUUUGGAGGUCAGUGUUAGGUCAUAAGGUACUGCAUUUAGUAAAGGGAUCCGUCUACCAACUUCCUGCGAAGAUAUAAACUGCACAGUGUUUCUUAAACUUGUUUCUUAAACUUUUUAAAAUAGAUGCCAAGAGUACGUAGAUCUUUAUAAAUAUAUAUAUAUUUAUAAUGUUUCCAUAUCAGCCCCAAUUCCCCCCAUAGUCAUUAAGUCUACUGAAGUGGGGAACAGCAAGGCUAUUGGAGGGAUUAUAAAGCUUUAAAAACUGAAUUUUUCAGAUGUUUCUAGCUGAGUCAAUAGGUUCCUUUUUUUAUUUUUAUUUUUUAAAUCAUACUAGUCUUUUGAAGUGUAAAUCUGGUAACAUUCUGUUCUUGUAGUGUUUUUGUUAUUUUUUUUCUUCAGGUUAAUUACCCAAAGCCUCAUCCAUCCUCAAGAUUUUUAAAUUUUAUUCUUAUUUUUUAAUUAAUGGGGCAUUGUGUUUGUGAAUUUUUAAAAUAUUAAUGUUUUAUUUAAGUGCCAUGCUGAGCAGUUGUUCUCUGCACAUGGUAACCAAAAGUUAGAGAUGUCGAUCAAUUUUGAUCAAUGUUUAGUGAUCCCAAACAUGUACUGUGUACAAAUGAAAUAAUAUGGCAUAUUAGCCAGGUGUGAUGGUUGUCUGAGGCACUUAAAUUAAGCUCAAUUCUGUAUUUUAUCAGGGCUCUGUCAUGUCCUUGAUCUGAAAUGUACAUACACAUUUUUGGUGUAUACUUGGUACUAGAGAUUCAUUUAUGCAAAUAUUCUUAUUCGAGAAGCCUCACAAUUGCUCAUGUUAAAGAAAAAAGAUGAAUUGUCCAGCCAGUGCCCAAAGAAAAAGUUUUAGGGAAGAUGACUCAGCUGUUUUGCCCAAAGACACCCUUCAGUAACUCCCACUGACCAGUCUUGGGAGCCGUCCCGGAAGGCUCAUGUGCUGAGAGAAGGAGAUGUUUUUUGCAAAAAGGAAAUGGAAGCUGAAAGAAGAGAGAAUGGAAGCAUGGAGGGGAGGGCGAAAUCUGAAGAAUUCAGGAAGAAGGCCUUAAGAGAGAAGUGAAGGAAGAGACGGGAGAAGGGCAGAUGGUGUGGAAAUCACAUGGGGGUGCAAGAGGUUUGGGUAGGAAACACAUUUUUAGGUAUGUGCUAUUUCAAACCAGGGGUCGCAAACUCAGCAGCCUGCAGAAGUAAGGCAGGGAGAUGAAUAUGGGAAGGGGUGGGUGGGUGGUGGGGACUGUGCCCAUCUUAAGUGGGGCAGCCAACGUUCAGCUCUGCUGGGAAAAGGGUAGGGAGAGGCCGGAAAUCAGGAUUUUCUUUCAAGUGGAACUUUCUCAUUUUUAAACAAAAUAAUUUUAGGGGCGCCUGGGUGGCGCAGUCGGUUAAGCGUCCGACUUCAGCCAGGUCACGAUCUCGCGGUCCGUGAGUUCGAGCCCCGCGUCAGGCUCUGGGCUGAUGGCUCAGAGCCUGGAGCCUGUUUCCGAUUCUGUGUCUCCCUCUCUCUCUGCCCCUUCCCCGUUCAUGCUCUG